UCUAUGUUCAACUGGUAUGGUGGACGAUUUACCAAUAUUUUGAGAAAUUGUUAACUGAAUUAGGCGGGAAGAUAAUUUCAGCUUGAAUAAAGUUACAAUGAGUGUUCAAGAAGAUGUGUUGAAGAUACAAAAAAAAUUAACAAAGAUGACUUCUGACGAUGGCACGGGACAAGAAGAUGCACUAGAGUUACUAAAGGCUUUGCAAACAAUGGCUAUUAAUUUAGAUGUCUUGACCAAAACAAGAAUUGGAAUGACAGUGAAUGCAUUAAGGAAAUCCAGCAAGGAUGAAGAAGUUAUAUCUCUUUGCAAAACUCUUAUCAAAAACUGGAAAAAAUUUCUAUCACCAAGCACACAAAAAGAAUCUGGAAGUUCAUCCAACUCGAAAUCCAAAAAAGAUUCAAAAGACAAGGAAAAAAAAGAGGACAAAGAAAAGGAUAAAAAAUUACCUGCAUCAUUCCCUCCUCAGUCUAAUACAACUGAUGCUGUUCGUUUAAAGUGUCGAGAACUACUUACUCAGGCCCUUAAAACUGAUGUGAAUAUUUCAAAUUCAUGUGGUUCUCCUGAAGAACUUGCUGAGGAACUUGAAGAAUGCAUUUACACAGAAUUUAAAAACACUGACAUGAGAUAUAAGAACAGAGUAAGAUCGAGAGUUGCUAACUUGAAAGAUCCUAAAAAUCCGACUUUAAGGACCAACUUCUUGAAUGGAGUAAUUUCGGCAGCACACCUUGCAAAAAUGACUCCAGAAGAAAUGGCCAGCGAUGAAAUGAAAAAGGUCCGUGAGAAAUUCAUUAAAGAGGCAAUUGACGAUGCUCAACUCGCCACUGUACAGGGAACUAAGACAGAGAUGUUAAAAUGUGGCAAAUGCAAAAAGAGGAAUUGUACAUACAACCAGCUUCAAACAAGGAGUUCUGAUGAACCAAUGACUACAUUUGUACUCUGCAAUGAGUGUGGUAAUCGCUGGAAGUUCUGUUAAGAAUGUGCUUAAUGUAAUUUCUUCAAAUGGUACAAUUGUAUCAAGAUGUAACUUCUAACACUAUAAACACUUUUAACUGAUUGUAUGCCCUUACUACUCAAUGACUAUCAAAUCAUGCUAAGUAGUUAAGGAAUCCUUAGUUUUAAUAAAUAAAUGUUUUAAGUCUGAA